UUCAGUUCAUUACAUACACACAUACCUCCCAUUUUCACAUAAUGGCACCAUUGACAACACUUGAAGAAGAACUGGCGGAAGAAGAAAGAGUUCUCCGAACAGAGCAGGAAUGGUUCUUGACGACACAAGUUGAACCAAAUCUUCGAACUAUACAACUGGCACUUGUGGCUUGUCAAGAAGCAGCGCGACUACAGGAUGAUACCAAAGGAGCAUUGACGCUUGCUAUUUCCUCUGGAAACAAUGAUACACUCAAGGGAUAUGUGACACUCUCGGGCAGCUUUAUUGUCAAAGGAGAACUGACAAUCAAGUUGCCAAAGUUAGCAGUCGUCAAAACAGCUAUUCAUUCCUAUGUUCCCAUCAAUGCGACUGCGCCUUCAUCUGGAGCAACAGGAUUAUCUAUCCCAGCACUCUCCAAUGCCUCUUCAACGGCAGUCUCAUCAGCUGCAUCAUCUAUUAAAAUGGAUAUUGGUGCUACCACAGCCAAUACAGAAAAUACAAGUUCUGAAGCAACAACAGCAACAACAACAGCUUCUGAUCCUGCUACAUCCACAUUAACUGUUGCCUCUGCACCUAGAAGAGAAGAAGGGGAAGAAAAAGAAGAAGGGGAAGGAGAUGAGGAAGGAGAUGAAGGAUCAAUGACUGGUCCUCAAUCUGUUACUGUCCCUAUGCAAGGACCUAAUCUAAUACUACAGCAGACUCUCGGGUCUUUGCCUCAUUCGUCAGCAACAGUAACAGCAACGACAGGAGGGACAACAUCUGGCACUGGAACUGGGACUACAACCCCUACGUCGAGUGCACCACCAAGCGGAACAGCAGCGGUAGUGAUUACAGCGACAUCAGGGUCUCUUUUAGCUCCAGCAGUAGUUGUCCCGUUACCUCCAUCAAAUACAAAUCAACUGCUUCACUCACAUAGAACCCCCGGUCAUGUCACACAGCCGUAUUUGUUGGAGCAGAUUAAGGAUGUACAGAACCAUAUCAUGGAGGCAAUGCAUCGACUGGAAGACUAUUGGGCUAUGAUCAUAGCCAGCAAUAACAACAACGGCUUUGGUAGCAAUAGUCACCACCUUGAACGUCAGGAGCAAGCUAAUGCCACUUCUUCAUCAUCAUCAUCACCAUCAUCGUUAUCAUCGAAGACCCCAUUAACGCUAGAUAUUCAGGAAACAACACGGACUCUGAAAACGCUUUUGGGACUGGUGGAGAGACAUAUUCGCGCAGCAAUUGAUGCCAUGGCACGACCAAGAAAAGAAAAGUUGUAUCCUUUCCGAGUUUGUGAUCCCAAAAUAUUUAGUCCUGCGUUGAGCGAAGAUUUUGUCAUUGAGUUCUUCAUCCGGGAUUCCCAAGUGGUCUGUGCUGCUUAUGCUUUGCAGUUAACAGGUGGUAAUACUAGCGGAUCGUAUUCAGGAGGCAACACGCGUACCAAUUAUUUACAACAAACCCCCACAGGGGCACCGACGCAGUCUUCAUCUGGCUCGUCACCAUCUUUGGAAGGGCAUCAUCUUCGUCAUCAGCACCUACACGGACCAUCAAAUACUUCACAGCAACAGCAUCAACAGCAACAACAACAACAGAAGGGUGCUACGCAAGCGGGGCGUGAUGGAGGAGACCGUGGAAACCAGAAAGGACAGGCGACACUUCGUCCACCUUCUCCAGUGUCGCAUCAUCAUACCAUAUCCUCUCAACCUAACCAUCAUCAUCAGCAGCAGCAGCUCGCUUCAAAGGCUCUUCCGUGGUCGCCUUCCAGAUCGCCAUCUUCGUCACAGCAGCCUCGUUAUGCCGGUUCCGAAUACCAACCAAACUCCAGCGCUACGACAUCUCUAAUUCCCCCAACGAAUGAAUCAGUAGUUUUACCAGCAUCCAGUAAAGUCGGUCAGACGUCAAAAGGAGGCAUCAAUAAAUACCGUGGUAAGAUUGCAACAACAAUCGAGGACAAGGUUGUGCAGGUGGAGAGUCCGAUGUUGACAGAGAUCACCACACGAUUAAUACAGGCAGAAAACCUUUGUCGACGACUUGCACAGUUCCUAGCUCUGCAUGAAUCUGUUGCUACUCCGCCCAAUGCCAAGCUGGCAGGCGAAUAAAAGAAAAGG